AUGAUUGUUAAUCGAAGCUCCCUCCUCUUCACCCUCGCCCGAUCCACCGUUUCUCCGCGAAUUUCUCGCCCUUCCUCUGUCCUUCCCCGCCUUCCUGGUUUCCGCGCAAGAGAAAUGUCCGCAACAGCUGCGCGGCCCGAUCCCUUUCGCCCCGCAAAAAGAGUAGCGGGGCAACGACAGGAUGUCUGGUCUAUUGUCAAUGAAGCGGCCGCCGCGUCUCCCGUUCAGCCGAUCGUGAAUAUGGGCCAAGGUUUCUUUGGCUAUAACCCUCCGAAAUUUGCCAUUGAUGCUGCUAAAGAUGCCCUCGACCGGGUGGAAUGCAAUCAGUACUCUCCGACCAAGGGUCGCCCUCGCCUCAAGCAGGCUAUUGCGGAUGCAUACUCGCCCUUCUUUGGAAAGACCAUAAACCCGGAUACGGAGGUUUCGAUCACAACUGGCGCGAACGAGGGAAUGUUAAGUGCCUUCAUGGGAUUCAUUGAGCCCGGUGACGAGGUCAUUAUCUUCGAGCCAUUCUUCGACCAAUACAUCAGCAACAUUGAAAUGCCCGGUGGCACUAUUCGAUAUGUUCCUCUUCACCCUCCCAAGGAUGGAGCUACCAGAACCUCGCCGGCUUCCGAGUGGACUAUCGAUUUUAACGAACUGGAAAAUACCAUGAAUUCCAAGACUAAGAUGAUUGUUCUUAAUUCUCCUCACAACCCCGUUGGAAAGGUCUUCUCUCGCGAAGAGCUCGAGCGCAUUGGCGAGCUUUGCGUGAAGCACAACCUGAUCAUCCUGUCCGAUGAAGUUUACGACCGCCUCUUUUACGUCCCCUUUACCAGAAUUGCAACCCUGUCACCCGAGCUGUAUGAGCGCACGCUCACAGUAGGCUCUGCAGGCAAAGCAUUCUACGCUACCGGUUGGCGAGUAGGCUACCUGAUCGGCCCCGAGCAUCUGGUCAAAUACGUUGCCGGUGCGCACACCCGCAUCUGCUACAGCAGUGUCUCUCCACUGCAGGAGGCCGCAGCCGUUGCUUUCGAGCAGGCUGACAAGGUCGGAUUCUGGGAUGAGAGCCGGAACGAAAUGAAGGGCAAGAUGGAGCGUUUCUGUCAGGUUUUUGAAGAACUAGGCAUUCCCUACUCCGACCCUGAGGGUGGAUACUUUGUCCUUGCUAAUAUGGCCUCGGUCAAGCUUCCGGCUGACUACCCAUUCCCUCCACAUGUCGCUAGCCGGCCCCGUGAUUUCAAGCUUUGCUGGUUCUUGAUCCACGAGGUUGGUGUUGCUGCUAUUCCUCCUACGGAAUUCUAUACCGAUGCCAAUGCUAGCAUCGCCGAGGACUACCUCCGCUUUGCUGUGUGCAAGAACGAUGAUGUUCUUGAGACUGCUAAGGAAAGAUUGCGCGGACUUAAGAAGUAUAUCCAGUAA